CUCGUUCGCGAUGUCACCAACUCAGUUUACAGAUGCUUCAAACUACACUCCCACAAUACAUUGUUUCAUUGUGUUGUAAAAUGUUUAAGUUAUUACAGUUGUACUUUUCUCUUUUAAAUAUGUGUUGCAAGAUUGAUUAAUGUGAUACAUCCACAAAAAGAACAGAACUACAAAACGCUCUUCACAUGACUGUGGAAAGAAUCUACCACGUCAUCAAAAUGCGCUGUUAUUCCAGCACGAGCCUUUUGACAGCUAUAAGAAAUAAGCUGAAUUAAAUACAUCUCGAAAUAGCUACACUAAUCUAAUGAAUGUAUCUACCUAAAUAGAGUUUCGACGAACGCUGGUAUCAGCUUACAUAGUUUUAACUGGCAAGCUUGAACCGAAAACUGUUACAGCUACAUUCUGCAAUUGUUGGCUAGCAAGCUACAAUAAAUUAGAGCUCUUUGUCACAUAGCUAGCUAACUCGACCAUGUGUCAGGUCGAUGAGGAAUACAAUGGACAGCUAGAACACAGAGUGACCCCACGUGUCUCCAAGAAGUGUGUCAAAUGCAAAGAAAAUACAGCGGUACUGAUCAUCCGAGCUGGAGAUGCAUUUUGCAGGGGCUGCUUCAAGGAGUACUUCAUCCACAAGUUCCGGGCCAUGCUGGGAAAGAACCGGGUCAUUUUCCCAGGAGAGAAGGUUAUUCUUGCAGUGUCUGGAGGGCCAGCCUCUAGCUCCAUGCUGUCACAGGUUCGAGAGGGUUUGAGUCGAGACGCACCCAAGAAGUUGAGAUUUGUCCCUGGAAUUAUCUACAUAGAUGAGGGCGGUGCCAGUGGUCAGAGCAUGGAAGAGCGGGAGAGGGCAGUGGCUCAACUGGAGUCAGUUUUCAGAGCCACUAAUUACCAUUACCACAUAGUCCACCUGGAGCAGGUACUCAGUCUCCCCAGCUCAGUGCUAGAGGCAGGAUCCUCGGCAACAGAAAAACCACAGACUGGGUCGAGUUAUAAAGCUGCUGUGGACCAAUUCAUCCAGACCAAGAAGAACCAGCAUCCAGACCUCUCUCUGGAGAAUGCCCAGAGUCACCUGUCCAGUCUGAGCAUGCAUGAGGUCGAGAAUGGAGUAACCAGCCCCAUCACCCCUGAACACACCCAAGCCCUUCAGAAACUGUUUGCCUCUGUGAGGACGCUGACAGCCAAAGAGGAUUUGCUACAUACACUGAGGCAGCACCUGAUUCUCCACACAGCGAGGACACAGGGCUACACCAAGGUGAUGAUGGGGGACAGCUGCUCCCGUCUGGCCAUCAAACUGCUCAGCAACAUCUCUCUGGGGCGAGGGGCAUCGCUGGCAACCGACACGGGCUUCUCAGAUCCUCGCUACGGAGACGUGGUCAUUGUCAGACCCAUGAGGGACUAUUCCUCUAAAGAAAUAGCAUAUUACAACAGAAUGUUUGACAUCCCCUCCGUCUUUAUCCCUGGCCUGGACACUAAGGCACAAGACAAGGCCAGCAUCCAGCACCUGACAGAGAGCUUUGUCACCAAACUCCAGACUGACUUCCCCUCUACUGUCAGCACAAUCUACAGGACCAGUGAGAAACUCCACACAGCAUGUCCCCCUCAGAACACCAACACACAACCCUUUGCUAAGUGCCUACUGUGUGUGUGCGCCUUGGACACUAAACUAGAGGAGUUCUCUGCCUACCAGGCUACACUGAUCUCAGAGCAGCUGUCUCAGAGGCGGGGCCCAGGCCCUGGGUUCACCCGUGGUACAGCAGCAGCUCCAGGCCUGCCUCCAGCCUCCUCGGCAAGCCAGGGCCAGUGCUGCUCCUCUGGAGGGGGCCAGCAUCAGGGCUGUAUGACUGGAGAGGGGGGCUGCUGCUCCUCUGCUAAGGAGCCAGAGACGGUGGAUCUUAAAAGCCUGUUGUGUUACAGUUGUAGACUGACCAUCAAAGACAUGACAGCAGAAGAUGCCCUUCCCCAGUAUAUACUGUCAGAGGCUGAGAGAAGGAAGAGAAGGUCUCAGAUGAGGGAGGAGAUCAGUGAGUUCCUGCUAGAUGAGGAAGAGGAUGAAGCCAUCCCGAGGGUCAAUGGGUCACUGCAGUGACGUAGUUCCCUUGGCAACUAUACAGCCAAGGCUGUUUGUCUCAAUAUAAACUAACACCAAUUGCUUUUAAUGAAUCAACUGACUGAGUAAAUAUUAUUUGGCUAUAAGACAAUAGGCUGAUUUUAACUGCACCCAAAAUAAAGCUGCUUUGUACAUGGCACUGCUUGGUGGUGAAUCUAACAUUGAUUCAGGUAUAACUAAUGAAUUGAAUAUGGAUGUAUGAUGCUGAAACAAUUAGUUUUUCCAUGUCAGAAAUGAGAAUAAACAAUAUUUUCAUUGGUUUAGAAGCUGAACCACAUUCUAUUGGGAAUAGAAAUGAUUAUUCUUCCAAAACAAGAGAUCCCGUAGCAACAACCUGCAUUAGAACUCCCAUCAGGUUCUCUGAAAAUGAACGCAAACAUAUGGAAAUAAAAGUAUAACACAUGUUUAUUAAAGUUAGGAAAGGUUUUGGUUUUUGCAUAUUGGCAAAAACUGCUCAAGCAAUGGCUGAACCCUAUUGUAACAAUUCAGAAACAAAGGCACAAUGGUCGCUGUGUUUUCUGUAUGUACUCCAGCAUGACAUUUUCCAGAGAUGGGGCUAAUGUUGCCUUAUGCAUUAUUCCAGCAUGGAGACGUUUUGUAAGGAUUGUCAUGACUAAGACAUGUUUCAGUCUUUACAGUGUUGCUAUACUCUGUCAUUUAACACUUAAGAGAUUCAAGUCUUGCGAUCAAUAAGCCUGUAACUUGUUGCCACGUACAAAGUUAGCUUUCCUCCCACCUGAAGCGUUUCAAUUUGUAAACAGUUUGAGUAAGACUCUGAGAUUUGGCUGCAUAUGAUCUAAUAGUGUUUUGAUUGGAAACAAACACCCUACUUUAGGUCCUUUUUCUCUCAAAUUGUCCCCUUUGGUGCUGCGUUAGUCCACACUGUGCUGGUCAGUGUAGUGAAGAUCCAGCCGGGGGCCUGUCUCUUCAUUAAGGGGUAGUGUCUGUAGGUCAAGCCAGCCAUCACACCUCAUUCAGAAGCUGAUAUUUAUGUUGGAACCCAGGCAAUAAGACGAGGAGCCUGGCUUUAGUCUGUGGUCAAAGUGCAAAGCAUCUAACCUGCCCUUCUGAAUGGAGAGGCCUAGCCACACAUUCCAUAACCUGGGUACUGGAGCAGACCCCUUGGCCACCACACAGCCUCUGGCUCACUGUCUGUCAGUACAGCCCACCAGCAGAGGCAAAUAGUACUGUCAGAGUACAGAAACAGACAAAACAUGCCUUUCCCCCUGGCUAAGAGGGGUUAGUGCACAGUGAAAAUAGACCCACUGGAGCUAGUAUUGGGUCUUUUAGAGGAAGACCAGGUAGAGGCACCCCUGUGUGUGAGACAGCCCCAGCCAGGGGUGAUCUGGACAGGACAGGCGGGGGGGGGGGGGGGGGGGGCUAGCGAUUGUCACUUGAUAGCUUGUCUCUUGUCCACUUAAUCAUAGUCUCUGGUGAGCGGUAGAGGAAGAUGAGUUUGGAGUAGAGCUCCUCUUCCAGCUCUAGCUCUCCUGUCUCCCUGACCAGGAAGAUGUCUGUGCACAGCUUGAGGAUACGAUUAACACAGGGCAGCUCCUCAAACAUAAUGGAGUGAGAGAUCUCACUGAAGAAGCCCCUCACAAACUUCCCAAUCACCAGCACCACAGACACAUACAGCCCCAUGAUCCUGCAAUGGAGAACAAGUGUAGAAUGAGCAUAAUUGAACAUAGAUCUCUCGUCUAUACAGUUAAUUUCCCACACAAUAGUUUGAAUGUAAAUCAGGUCUAUUCGAUUUGCUGGAAUGGGCUACCAUUGAGAACACAGGCAUGCAUAGAUCCUUACCCAUAUCCUGCCAGGAAACCUAGACUGGGGGGGCUGACUUUGUCAUUGAAGAUGACCAUCGGCAGGACGCCGCAGGCCCCUUUGGUUGGAGUACAGUCGGCGAUGCUGAUGUCCCACCACUCCUGGGCCCCACGGGUGCUGUUCAGAGAGCGGUCCCUCAUCAGAGACAGUGUUAUAUCCUGGUAGCUAUCCUCAUCACCUGCAACAUAACAUGGUGUCCGAGAAUUGUAACACAGACUGACUGCCCAUGUUUUAGCCUUGAACUUCGUUAUAGACAAAUUGGUUGUUUAGCAACAAAACUGAUGCAUGCGCAACUAUGGGGCAAAACAGAUGGAGUUGGCUUAGAUGGUUGAUUACAUGUAAACUAUAUAUCAUCUCCAAUGUUUAUUGAAAAUAUAAAGAAAUAAAGCUGAACAAUGA